AUGUGUUCUCUUCUCAGUGAAUCAAGGAGUAGAGAAAAAGAUGAUCUCAGUUCCUUUGUCUCAUCAUCCUUCGUGAACCACAGAAAUGAGUUGAAGACCAAGAUGCUCAAGGACAUGGGCGUGACCUUCGAUGAGCAUGGUCAAGUCAUGUUUAUCGGAGGCUAUGUCAACCACUUGGCCGAUCGUUCCAUUGCGGCUGUGGUCGGUACUGUGGAUUGGCCAAAAACGAAGCCGUACGCGGCAAUGGUAAGAGCACAAACUCAAGGCGAAGAAAGGAUUCAACGCUUUGGUGAGGGUUGCUCAAAGCUUGUCGAAGCUCACAUUAGAGAGAGCGGGAAAAAGCCAAAUAAAAUCGUUAUCUUCCGGUAUGAGGUGGGCAAAGAGAUUCUCCAGGACGAGCUGCAGGAUUUGAAGAAUAAGCUCGGUGGCUACACUUCGAACAUCACGGUGAUCGUGGCAACAAAGCAUGCGAGUGAUCCGGAGCGAGACGAUGAUAUCGACUUUUACAGUUUUUCUCUCGGGGUCCGGUUUGAUUUCGAAUUCUUCUAUAACAGUGGUAACUUCUCAAUGACAAGUCUCCUCCUCUACUUGUGCUCCAAUGAAACUACAACGAAAAUUGUGACUCCACUUACCUACACCUUCCAGAUGGUCCCUCCGAUCACUACGCUCAUCUCGCCGCUGUCGGAGUACACGAGGGAGACCCCAUUAGCGACGAAUCGUGGAUCCUUCAUGACUAUACCAAAACCUUAUACGGGUCGAAGUAAAUAA